UGCUGGUGUCUCCCGCUAUGGCUGCACUACGGAGGCUCCUGUGGCUGUGGCCGCCGCCUCGGCUUCUCCCUCCGCUUUCCCCUCACCAGCCCUUUCCUGGGCCCUGGGGGCGGCCUGCGGGGUCAGCCUCCAGCUCUCCCGCCCGGCCCUUCUCCUGCCGGGAGGAGGAGGAGGGGGCUGUGGUUGAGGCGGCUUGGAGGCGGCGACGGCGCUGGGGGGAGCUGAGCAUCGCGGCGGCGGCCGGCGGGGGUCUGGUCGGCCUGGUGUGCUACCACCUGUAUGGGGACCCCAAGGCGGAGUCCGCGCGCGCGCCAGCGCUGGGGCGCCCCUCCGAGAGCGCGGCGGCAGAGCUCGAAGACUCGCCCCGCGGCCGGGGUCUUCUGUCCAUCCCGGUCGCGGCUGCCAAGGAGACGGUUGCUAUGGGCAGAACAGAAGUCGAAGACUUGGACUUUUAUGCAACAUCUCGGGAGAGGCGAUUUCGUUUGUUUGCCUCUAUAGAAUGUGAAGGGCAGUUGUUCAUGACUCCAUAUGAUUUUAUUUUGGCUGUUACAACAGAUGAACCCAAAUGUACUAAAACAUGGAAGUCACUUUCCAAGCAGGAAUUAAAUCAUAUGCUCUCUGAAACUCCACCAGUUUGGAAAGGAUCAUCAAAGCUAUUUCGAAAUCUUAAAGAAAGAGGUGUGAUUUCUUACACGGAAUAUCUUUUUCUUUUAUGUAUUUUAACAAAGCCACAUGCAGGUUUUAGAAUAGCUUUUAACAUGUUUGACACUGAUGGCAAUGAGAUGGUGGAUAAAAAGGAAUUUUUGGUGCUUCAAGAGAUAUUCAGGAAAAAAAAUGAAAAGAGAGAAAUUAAAGGAGAUGAAGAAAAGCGUGCACUGCUGCGUCUUCAACUUUAUGGAUUCCAUUCUCCUACUAAUAGUGUACUUAAAACAGGUGGAGAGGAACUUGUCUCCAGAAGCUAUUGGGAUACACUGAGACGUAACACAAGCCAGGCACUCUUUUCAGACCUUGCAGAGCGUGCUGUUGACCUCACAAGUUUAGUGGCAGAUACUACACUUCUCGUACACUUUUUUGGAAAGAAAGGAAAAGCUGAGCUCAAUUUUGAAGAUUUUUAUAGAUUCAUGGAUAACCUCCAAACAGAAGUUCUAGAAAUAGAAUUCCUUUCCUACUCUAAUGGGAUGAAUACUAUCAGUGAAGAAGAUUUUGCUCAUAUUCUUUUACGAUAUACCAAUGUUGAAAACACAUCAGUGUUUUUGGAAAAUGUGCGUUAUAGUAUAUCUGAAGAAAAGGGCAUCACAUUUGACGAAUUCAGGUCAUUUUUCCAGUUUUUGAACAACCUAGAAGACUUUGCAAUAGCCCUGAAUAUGUAUAACUUUGCAAGUCGUUCUAUAGGGCAAGAUGAAUUUAAGCGUGCUGUCUAUGUAGCUACUGGCCUCAAAUUUUCACCACAUUUAGUGAACACUGUUUUCAAGAUUUUUGAUGUUGACAAAGAUGAUCAAUUAAGUUAUAAAGAAUUUAUUGGAAUUAUGAAAGACAGACUCCAUAGAGGAUUCCGGGGUUAUAAAACAAUUCAGAAGUAUCCCACUUUCAAAUCCUGUCUCAAAAAGGAACUUCAUAGCAGAUAAGUACUUCUAAAACAGAGCUUAAAGAAUUACUAUCUACGUGACAAACAUAAUAAGCAAACAUUUCGGAGAGUUGUGGAAUUAGGUCCGAGAGCAGAACAUGUAGAGAUGAAGGAAAAGGUGUAACUCUAUGAAAAUCAUAUUUUUUUCUUGAACUGAAUCCUCAAACGUAAGACAGAUAAAGCGCAUCUUCUUACUAACUACAAAUGUUAUAUGUUAAUCAAUUUGAGUUUUUGCCUUGAUUUAAUUGAACUUUGUACUUUUUCAUUCCCUUCAGAAAUAUACAGAUUCUUCCAAUGACUAUAUGAAAAUGUACUUAAUUUAUUUUUAUUUAUUUGUUAGAAUCGCCCUAUUUCAGAAUAACUUAUGACUCAUGGAAUAUAGAUCACUUAAAAAUGAACAGUGAACAUUGAUUAUUUUCUUUGGUUUUGGACUCUGACCUUAUUUUCAGGAAACAAACCUUGCUGAAGAUGUCUCUUAGAGCCAUUAGAACUAUUAAUAAAUCUCUACUACUUAACAGGUUUUUAACCACAUUGAAAAAAAUUUGAAAAACAGAGUAUGCUACUAUAUAGUAUGAUGGUUUACAUUGUACUUUUAACUUUUAAAAGUACUUAAUUGUCAUUUAUUGGUUUGAAUCAUGUAAAGUUUUUUUAAAUUUUUUGUUCAUUUACCAAAGCCAACAGAAUGUCUGAUAUAAAGAAUGUCUGUAUAAAGUAAAGAAAUUUUAAAUGUAGAUUUUUUUUUCAAAAAAAAUAGAAAAUUACAUAUUGAAGGUAGAAAUAGUGGUAGUUGUAACAGUAAUCGCUGUCAUUGUCAUUACUGUCUUAAACAUGAUGCUGCUCCUGAUUACAGGUAGUAUAUAUUAAUAACACUAGUAAAAAUAGUAUCCUAAAGCUCUGUAACUUAUUGUGUAUUGUAAUAUAUGUAGUGUCAAAGAGUAUGAUAGAAGACUAAUAUAAAAGGGUUUAAAAGACUAAUGUAUAUAUUAUGUAGAAAUUAAUAUUUUAUUUUUUGCAAAAGGACCACAUGCAAAGUGAUGCCAGACAGCCAGGGUUCAGAGUAAUUAUGAAUAAUUUAAAUAUGAGUUUAAUUCAAAAUAAUGUCUAAUGAGAGAAAAAGAAAAACUUUCUAUUGAAAAACAACAAAAUUAGAUUUUCACAUGGAGAAAAUAAUUUCAUAAUACUGAAUAGAGAUCUGUUCAAUUAACAAAAGUAUAGUUUAUGUAAGGAUACUAUACAAAAAGAACAGUGAAUUUAAACUAAUGUAUUUCUAUAUUGUAUGUGGAAGAUAAUGUUCAUUUAUCUUCCCUUCUAAGACUUAUUUAAGUUACUCUUACUCCAACUUUUACAUUGCUUUUGCAUAUGAAAAUAGGAAACACUGACCUUUUAUGUUACUAAAUGUGAAAUUAAUAGCUCUGCAUCUGUGUAUUUAUAAAAGUAAUGUUACUUCCAAGAAAAUGUUAUUAGUAUUGACUAUGUGUCUGUUAGAUGUUUUAUAUUCUUUAUAAGAUACCAUUUAUUACACCAAUAUAGAAAUAAAUGAUUAAUAAAUCUAAGGAUCCCAUAUAGCAUAAUAAUUUAAUACAACCUGUUUACAACCUUGAUUCAGUUGAGCAUCUUAUAAGACCGACUAAAUGAAAAAUGCCUAUCCACUCAUUUAAUGUGUCCCAGGUCUAUUUUACCUGACACCGAAUGUUCUCAGUGUUAAUUAUUUGCUAUCUAAAAUAAUUUAAAAGUGCAGAUGAUUUUAAUCUUUGACUAUAAGUUAUAUUGUCUUGCAUAUGUGGAACUUGGUAUUUAAAACAGUACUGUGAAUAUAGUUUAAAACUGAAGUUUCUCAUUGAUAUCCUUUAUAAUUCUGCCAUUCCUCCAAGGAAGAACAUUAUACUUCAUAUGCAAAUUUAUUCUCUAUUCUUUAUUUCUUAUCUAAAUAAGUAGAUGAAUAUCUGUUUAUAAGUCUGUGACAUAAUAUUAAAAUGUGAAUAAAUAAAAUAUUCUGAUCAAAAAAAUGUAAACAAGUAGUAAAUUACAGUGAUUCCCUUUGUAUUAUCAUUCUUGAAUUUUAUUAUCCAUAAAAUGGGAAAUAAAAAUAUCUCACUGUAUUGUUGUUUCCCUAGAUUUAAAAAAAUAAAAUGUGUUGGAAACAAUAAUGUAAUAAAUACAUGUAUACUAUUAUUCAGUGUUUUCUUUUAUAAACUAUUGUUUGGGAAGAUGGUGAUGUACAUAAACUUAGUAUCAUGCUUUUUAUAGAAUGUGUGAUAAAAGGCUUAUUGUACUUCUCAGUAUCAUUUAAUAAUAAUGAAUUCAUUUAAGUUCCAAUUUAUUGUUCUUAUUGUAAAAUGUAAUUGUAAAGCAACCUGAUUACAUUCUUAUACUAUCUUUAAAUAAAUAUA